AUGGCUAAUAACAAGCAGCAUAACUUCAGCCUUUCAGGACCUUCACACCUAACAACUGUUGAUUGGAGUAAUGCAGAUCACCGUAGGUGUGUUGCUUCCAGCUUGGUAAAAGGUGUCUCUGUUUUAGAGGUGGACCGCCAGCAGAAUCUAACACGACCUGGUCAAUCUCAUCUUCUUGCUGCACCCUGGUGGUUAGAUCAGCCGCUGGUGGAUAAAGAUGAUUCCUCCAUCUUUGGUGCCAUUUAUGAAUUCAAACCUAAACAUCAGCACUCAAUCCACCAGGAGUAUGCCCCAAGAUACGUCUUUGCCUUCCGUCGUACACUCCUAAAGCAAUUCUCCAUAACUCAAGACCUCAAAUUGGAUGGCCUUGUCGUCCUAGAUAAACUUCAUAGAUCCUCACGCGUUGGGGAAGCAAUCGAAAAAGUCAGGAACACGGUCACUGCAGUUGGAUGUGAUUUGAAUAAUCUUUUUUGGUUGACUGGUCAUUCUUUGGGCUCCGCGAUAGCAAUGCUAGUUGGCAAGACCAUGGCCAAGCUCCGCAUUUUUCUCCAAACUUUCCUCUUUAAUCCACCGAUGAUUUCUCUUCCAUUUGAGAUGAUCGAGGAUGAGACUCUAAAAGAAUGGUGCCGAACGGGAAAAAAUAUCUUCACGGCGGCAAUCAAUAUUUUAGUAGAGGAUGACCGACCGGCAGAGGUCAGAAUUUGUUAA